CUGAAACAAUGGUCUUUACCGACUCUUCUUCUCGCAUCAGGAAUUUGUAACGUGCCAUAUUAUUACCAAUGGGUAUAUCUGGAGAACCAAAUGUCACCACGGAACAGGGCAAUUUCAAGUUUUUGAAAAUGCCAGCGGUUUAUGCAGCCGCACCUUUCAUCGAAGAUUUCUUGUCGCUGCGUUUUGCCAUUGAAGCUUGAUCCUAGGACUGGAUUGGCCGCUAAUGGUCCCAGCUGUGCGAUUUCGUUAGCUCGCAGAGACUGCAGUUGUCGUAUCCAUUGAAGGAGCCUACAUACAGUAGCCUAAAGGAAAAAAACGGCGUGAUGAUGUGCGAGGUGAUGCCCACCAUCAGCGAGGACACGGCUCAGCGGGGCUCCCAGAGCAGUACCUCGGACCCAGACUCCCACUUUGAGCAGCUGAUGGUCAACAUGCUGGAUGAGAGAGACCGCCUGUUGGACACGCUGAGGGAGACCCAGGAGAGCCUGGGGAUGUCCCAGCAGCACCUGGAGGACGUUAUCUACGACCGGGACUCACUGCAGCGCCAGCUCAGCUCCGCCCUGCCACAGGAUCUCUCUUAGGGAGAGCUGCAGAGCUGAAAGGUGCUGUGCUCUGUGCUGGAGGUGCUGUGCUAUGUGCUCUGUGCUGGAGGUGCUGCUAGCUGGUCCCCAGUGAAGUCAUUACUGCACACAGCUCCUGCCUGCCAAGAUCCGCACACUCAGGCCUUACAAUGAACGAGGGCGUUGCCUACAGUGCAAUCAAAUCAAAGUUUGUUGGUUGCCUACACAGAUUUUCAGAUGUUAGGAUUU